UGGCUUUGAGGUUAGUUUACGAUGUUUUGCUUAAAAGUGGGAGAUUUUUGACAUUUUUUAACAUUUCUGGGAAUUUUUUGAUAAAGAUAAGAUAGAUAAGGACACAUUUAAAUCGUUUCCCGAUUCCCGCCGUCGUUCCCGUUGGAAAAGAAGUCCGCGAAAGUGAUAGAAACCAGGAUAACCGUCGCGCAAAAGAUACGCAAAAACGACGUGAGGCUGAAACCACGGAAAAGGAUUCUAAAUCCUUUUACAAUUUCCGGAAAGCAAUUAACACUGGAGAACACAGAAAUCUGUGGGCGUAAUCCGGGUGUCUCGAAAGGAAACAAUCAGAUACCGCUCCGAGUAGCUUGCGAAGGCCCAGAAAGCAGAAUUCAAUAGCCGUACGGGGGUAAAUCCUCACCGAAGAAGAAGAAGAAGUGAAACCUUCUUCGUAGUGCGUCGUGCGCGAAGCCCCACAAUUCCAUCGCCAAGCGUUCUACGUAAGAUGUGCUAACUGUUCCCUGUUCCCGUGCAGCUUCGGUAGUCACUGCAAUUGUGUGAAAAAGGAUUGCCUAACAGGCUAAUUCCAAAGCGGAAGUAGCCAAGGGGGUGCUUCGUAGUUGCGUUGAAAGGUCCGAGUUAUCAAAGCGGUUGGCUGUAGUAUCCAGUAAGCGGAAAAGGGUGCCAGUACGAGAUGACGAUUAACAAUAUUCUCUGGUUUCGCCAUGGGCUUCGGUUGCACGACAAUCCGAGCCUGUUGGAGGCACUGAAGAGUGACUGCCAAUCCAGCAACGAGCCCGUGAAGCUGUUUCCCGUGUUCAUCUUUGACGGUGAAAGUGCGGGAACGCGCGUCGUCGGAUACAACCGGAUGAAGUUCCUGCUGGAAUCGCUGGCUGAUCUGGAUCGACAGUUUCGCGAGCUCGGUGGCCAGCUACUGGUGUUCCGAGGUGACAGCGAGACCGUGUUACGCCGGCUGUUUGAGGAACUGAACAUCAAAAAGCUGUGCUUCGAGCAGGACUGCGAACCAAUCUGGCGAGAACGCGAUGAGCGCGUGACCAAACUGUGCGAGACGAUGGAUGUAAAAUGCGUGGAGAAUGUUUCGCAUACGCUUUGGAACCCGAACGAAGUGAUCCAAACGAACGGCGAUAUCCCUCCGCUAACAUAUCAAAUGUUUCUGCAUACGGUGGACAUCAUCGGUGAGCCACCACGACCGGUUGGUGCACCGGACUUUGAGUUUAUCGAAUUCGGUCGCAUCCCAGCCAUACUGGCGUCCGAGCUGAAGCUGUACCAGCAGCAGCAUAUGCCCGGUCCGGAAGAGUUUGGUCUUACAUAUGAUGGCAAUGCGGACAUUGCAUUCCAAAAGUGGAUCGGCGGUGAGACGCGAGCGCUUGAAUCACUCGGAGCGCGUCUGAAGCAGGAAGAGGAAGCGUUCCGCGAGGGUUACUACCUGCCGACGCAAGCCAAACCGGAAAUUCUCGGCCCGGCCACCUCAAUGAGUGCGGCGCUGCGUUUCGGGUGUCUUUCGGUGCGCAUGUUCUACUGGUGUGUGCACGAUCUGUUCGCGAAGGUACAGGCGAGCAGUCAAUUCAAGUGCCCGAUCGGUCAGCACAUUACCGGGCAGCUGAUUUGGCGCGAGUACUUCUACACCAUGUCGGUGCGGAAUCCACAUUACGGCGAGAUGGACCGCAAUCCGAUCUGUUUGAACAUUCCAUGGUACGAGCCGGUGGAUGAUUCGCUCGUUCGCUGGAAAGAGGGACGCACCGGGUUUCCGUUGAUCGACGCGGCCAUGAGACAACUGUUGGCCGAAGGCUGGCUGCAUCACAUUCUGCGCAACAUCACAGCCACAUUCCUAACGCGCGGUGGAUUGUGGAUCAGCUGGGAGGCUGGACUGCAACACUUCCUUAAGUAUCUGCUCGAUGCGGACUGGUCAGUGUGUGCCGGUAACUGGAUGUGGGUGUCAUCUUCCGCCUUUGAACGUCUACUCGAUUCGUCCAAAUGCACGUGCCCGGUAGCUCUUGCCUACCGGCUCGAUCCGACUGGUGAUUACGUGAAGCGCUAUGUACCGGAGUUGGUCAACUAUCCCGCUCAUUUAGUCCAUGAACCAUGGAAAGCCACGAAGGAGGAACAACUCGAGUAUGGGUGCACCAUUGGUCAGCAAUAUCCUGCCCCGAUGGUUGAUCUGAACGUGGUUGCCAAACGAAAUGCGCAUGCAAUGUCUAAGCUACGUGAGGAGUUGAUCAACAAUGGGGGCUCGACGCCACCUCACUGUCGCCCAUCCGAUAUUGAUGAAAUCCGGCAGUUCUUCUGGCUUGCGGACGAUGUAGUGCCGGAAGCAUAAACGACCAAACACUCCACCAAACAGCUUAUAUUACAGGAAAACGAAUGACGGAGCAUGAAAUGCGACAAUAUAUAUAUGUGAAAGUACCGGUGUCAGAGCACCGUUUCCGUUUGUGUUAUGCUGACCAAGAGGGAGAGGAUACGGAGCAACUUUCUUUUUUCUUUCCUUCUUUUGUUUUAUGGUGUUAUGUGUGUUGACUUUUUAAGUUAGUUUGAUUGCUACUGUGUCGUUGCAUUUGCGUACAAUGUGCGGGACAUGUGUGAUCAAUUUAUGUUAACAAGUACUGUGUAUCGAAUGUAGCGCCUGUGGUGACGCAGAUCGCAGGUUGGUACAUUUGUACGCCAUUUGUAGCUUCCUUCAAGCGUGCUGUGUAGCAAGGGAAGAAGUUAACAUUAAAUUAAGCACCGGAAACUGAAAAUAUAUCAAUAUGUAAGUGUGUUUGCUGAAAGCAACAACAAAAAAAAAAGAAGAUAAAUGUUUAUAAACGUAAUAAUGAACUCAGAUAAAGAUUUUCGAGGACACGCUCAUGUAAAACACGCUUCGUUU